AAUACAUUGUAGCUUGCUACACGUUAGCAGAUACAAACAGGAUAUUCCAGAGCGAAUUAUAAAUCUUUCAAUGAUUUAAUCAGUAUAAAGAUGCGCUGAUAUGUUUAAUAAAAUAUUUGCUUGCGUUUUAUUUGUUGUUCAUCUUUUUAAGAAAGCUUAUAGUAUAGAAAAUGUGGUGGAUGUAUACGCAGUGGAAGGGGAAACUAUAACUUUAAAAUGCGAAAACAAUGCCAUUGAUCAUUGGGAAAAUAUAAACAACAGAGGUUUCAUCAUAUAUUGUAAGGAAUUGAGAGACCAUAUUUCUCCCUCAGCACGACUUAAAUUAACAGAAGAAUGCAAUUUGCAAAUACAAAUUCUCACUCAUGACUACAGUGUCACUUACCGUUGCAUUAUUUCAGGGGAAGUUCCACUUUCUAAAGACUUUAACAUCAUUAUACUUAAACCACCAUCAAAGAUGAAAGUUUUAGAAGCUAAUAUGACCGAAAUAGUUUUAGGUAUCGAAGGCCAACAAUUGACACUGACAUGUAAUGUCAAUAGCGGCAAGCCAGAGGAGACGAUAUUUUGGAUUAAAAAUGAAACAGUAGUAUCAUCAGGGGGACCAGGAAGUUUGCGGUACACAUUUAUUCCACAACAGGAAGAUAACCUUCAGAACUAUACGUGUAAGGCAAAUAACAGCUUGAAUAGUGUACCGUUAGAAGAAAGUGUGCAGUUAAGAUUAACAUUGAUUCCUCGCAUAUCAGUUCAUAUGAAGGUAGUGUGUUUUCAAAAGAACAUGACAGCUUCACUUCACUGUUCAGAAACAUCAGGAUGGCCAGUUAAUAGUUACAAUUGGAUAUAUAAUGAAGCUGAGAUAAUCGAAACAUCAAAUGAACUAAUGCUUACAUCUUUAAACAAGUCAGAUGACGGUCGAUACACAUGUAUAGCGAAAAAUGAUGCUGGUAGCGACAAUGCCUCCCUGGUUGUACAACAUGAUAACUUAUGCCAACAGAGAAAACUUCCCACAAUCCACUUAUAUUCUGACAAAACUAGCAUUUAUAUAAGCUGGAAAAGAGGUAAUAUAUCAAUAGAAAAGCAGCUGUUUGAAAUUGAAUAUCGACAACAGGAUUCAAACAGAUGGCGAAUGCUUUCGACCAACAACAAAAAACAAAUGGUACAUUCAUUCGAAAUAAACGAGCUCAUACCUUCAACUGAAUAUAUUAUUAGAAUGUCAAUGAAUGGAAGUAGAGGAUAUAUUGUGGCAGACGAAUACAGAAUUAAAACUAAAGGAAUAGACACGGAUGAAUUUCCAACCAAAUAUAUUGUACUUGCUGUAGCUUUUACAGCUGUGGUAGUUUUUGGAACAGCAUUCCUGAUCAAGCGACUAAUCGGAAAUAGACAACAGGCAGACGAUGAAGAGGUUCAACAACAAGUAGAAGAUAUGAACGGUACUGCUGCUACAAAUCAACUAUAUCACUCUAUGAGUGAUUUACUUGCACAGCCAGGAGCAAGUGGUCGUGACACAGAUGUUCAUUCAUCCUUUGAAAGAUAUGGAAUUCCAUCUUCAAACCACAAAGUGUCUUAUAAUCUAAGAGUCAAUACUACAACGGCGGAAAAAAACCACAGAAACAGUAAUGGUAGUUUUAAUCGAGAUAAAAGUCCAGGUUUAGCUGCAGAUCUAAAGAUUUCGAAACGUUUAAAAUAUGUAGAAGUGCUGUUUGAUCCGUUUCCAAUAGGUCACAAGUUUGUGAUCAGAGGUUCAGAAAAUAGGACACCUUAUGCACAUAUAGAUUUUGAUGCCCAUGCUGAACCUUUGUCAAGUAGCUCUGAAAACAGUUCUACUUGUGGUUUAGAGAUAUCUGACGAUGAGAACAAAAAUGAUGAUGUGGAAUGAAAUACGAUUUGUUUUAAAGGAAAUGUGUUCGAUAAGGACAAAACAGAUAUUAUAGUUUACAUCAGAGUAAUAAAAAAAAAUACCGAAUAAAUGUUUCACAAUAAAAAAAAAACAAAAAAAAACCAGCUGCCAGAGAAAGCAAUAUGCAAAAUGAGGAAAUAUGCAAUUUGAAAAAUGAGAUUAUAUUAAAUUGGAAAACUCAGUGAAAAUGUUUAUGUGUUUUUUUUAUGAUAUUACAUUUUUAUGGUUAUUUUAUUAAAUGAUUGUCUCCUUUUU